AUGACACCGCCAACUUAUCGAAAGAGCACACACGCAUACGAACAUCCUUCGGCAGCCGAGGAUGUGAUGAGGCAAGUCGACAUCUAUAUGCCGGAUUCUAUAGAAGUGUCUGCAGAUGGCAUCGACUUGCUCGUAUUCAUACACGGUGGCGCAUGGCGAACGGGAGACAAGUCGGAGCAUGUUGACCUGCCUUCUCGGCUGAGCUCCCAAAUACCCGAGAGCCAGGCCAAAAAUUUGAUAAUCGCAGUGCCAAACUACCGACUCUCGCAUCACCCGGAUCAUCCCGAGCGGAUAUCUACCGUUCAUCCGAUGCACGAGCUGGACAUCGCCCGAAGCUUGCUUUGGCUUACCGAUCCCAAGAACGUCGGCUCAUACCUCGGCACCGCAUCUGAUUCGUACCAAGAAACGAGGAUCAGAUCGAUCUACCUCGCUGGACAUUCGUGCGGAGCUACCAUACUUUCCAACCUCGUCUUCCUCCUUCCCAACAUCCCCGUCGAAGCCCGGAUGAUGAUCAUGAUCUGGCCACCUCCACCCCCAGGCCCACCUUCAGAGACAUCAUGGACGCCCGAAGAAAAGGAAGGCAUGCUGGAAGUCAUGCGCAAGGUCAAGGGGAUGGCCUUCUUGGAUGGCAUCUUUGACUUGAACGACCUGAUCGACGAGUACCCUUCGUACGAGUUCUUCGUCGAAAAGGCUUUCGGUACCGAUUCGAAAGUAGGAGGAAGCUGGGAUCAGGCGUCCGUCCCGAAACAGUCGACGGAGAGUCUGCCUGAAGAAGUCUGGCAGCUCUUGAAGGCCACGGACGGUCCUAGACUGGUCGUAGCCCAUGCGCUGGAGGAUGAGCUGUUGAGCGAACGGCAAAGCCUGAACUGGUUCAAGUGGCUCAAGAGCGAGUUGGGCGAGAGUGAACGACUGGUAUACGACAACGAAUCGUUGAUUGGGUCCCACGAUGGUAGCUUGCAACACGAGGGAUUAGGCGUCCUGUUAGCGAAACUCGUCAAGCAGUCUUGA